GGAAAACCUAAUGACUUUAAGAUCUGUGGACAAAAGCUACCCCCUCCAGUGUACUCCGAGGGAAAUUUCAUUCAAGUGAGAUUUGAAUCUCGCACCAGCCCUGUAAACAAAGGGUUCAAUGCAACCUUUAAGGCGAUAGAUGGAGAUUCACGUAAGAGCUUUUCUUCUAUGGUGGUUUACUAACUGAAAGUAUUAAAGUAAACAGUGGAGCAUGUACUGAGCGAGAGUUUUGUUGAGUAUAUCAUACAAUUAAUUAAACAAUCUUUGAACAGCUAUAGUCUGUAGAAUAAAAUAUUGCAUGUAGUCAAGCCUUUCACUCGAACGCAAACCACUUAGUGAAGUUCACGAUCUCUAUAUUUAUUAAAGCAUAAAACCGUCAACAUACGGAAAAUGAACUGUGAGCGGUAUUGGAAAUUAUCCAUUAGAACAAAGUGGACUGUAAACCUCGUGGAAAAAUCAUUAAAACCAAAACAGUUUUCGGAGAGAAAGAAGCUUCAUUAAGAUUUUUCUUUAAAUAAAUUAAGUUUUUCACAGAAAGUAAAAUGCAUUUUCCUAAAGCUGACAGCCUUUGUUAUUCUUUUCAGUGUGCCCAACAGAUAUGAUCCUCGAUGAAACAUCAGGUUCUCUCUCCUCUCCCUUUAAUCCAAGAAACUAUCCAUUCAACCAGACAUGUAGCUGGAAUAUUACAGGGAAACAAGGGUACCGUGUUGAGCUCAAAAUACCAGACUAUAAUCUUGAACGUUGUGGUGGUGCUGCUUGCUCGUGUGAUUAUGUGGAAGUUCAGAAUAGCUUCAGUGAUAAAGUGCCGCCUGGAAAACUAUGUGGUACACCAAGGUAUAUUCCUGUCAUAUUUUAUUCACUGCACGAAAGCCUGAGGGUGGUGUUUGUGUCCGAUGAUACAAACAUGGAUUAUGACGGA